GAACGGCAUCUCUAAUGGCUUUGGCUUGGGCCGCUUUUCCUAAAACCCCAUUCCAAAACCGGAAAAAUGAAUUUGGUAAAAACCAAACAACCCCCUAAUUUCACCCACAUAUUAGCCACCUGCACUGUGGCGGCUAAAUUGCGCCGCCACCGACCCUACUGCUUCUCCGCACCCAGGAAACGCCGGAUUCUCGAAAUCACAGCAAUGAGAGCGGUGGUUCAGCGCGUUGCCUCCGCCAGCGUCGAGGUUGAGGGGCGUAUUGUUUCGGCAAUCGGGCCGGGCCUGCUUGUUCUGGUUGGCUUUCAUGAAUCCGAUGCGGACUCUGAUGCUGAGUACAUAUGUCGGAAAGUGUUGAACAUGAGACUAUUUCCAAAUGAGAAAACUGGAAAGACAUGGGAUCAAAAUGUCAUGCAAAAGAAUUUGGAAGUUUUAUUGGUGAGCCAGUUUACAUUGUAUGGGAUUUUAAAGGGAAACAAACCUGAUUUUCACGUGGCCAUGCCUCCUGAGAAGGCAAGGCCGUUCUAUGAAUCUGUGGUUGAAAAUUUUCGAAAAGCUUACACACCUGAUGUUAUAAAAGAUGGCAUUUUCGGAGCCAUGAUGAAGGUCAAUUUGGUUAACGAUGGUCCAGUGACAAUGCAACUUGAUUCGGUACAAGCAUCAAGGAAUACAAAUGACACAGUGGAAGCAUCAUAACAAGGCUAGCCUUGUUGGGCAAUGGCUUCAGGAUGGGGAUAUGGUGGCUACUGUGGAUUCAUAGCAUGGAUGAUUAGGGGAUGGUCGAGGAUAAGGCAUGCGUUGACAUGUUUUGUCUGAGCAGACGAAGACAUGGAGAUGCCGGACAUUUGGUUUGUGAAAGUACAUUAUGCUCGUCAGUUGUCCUCCUUUUCUCUAGGAGGACUGCAUUGUUUUACUUGUAACAAAGGAUUCUGAGAUGUUAUGUUCCCUACAGUAAAAUUGGUAUGCCAAUGGCUCUUAAGUUCUUAUACUGGAGGAAAUUCAUUUUGUCGGCAUGCUUGAAGUACAUCAGUAAACUGAGGCCUUUGGAGAUCA